UUAAUGGAUUAUUCACAAGUUCAGUCCCUCAAGACUUCUGAACGAACCGUUUGACAACAGGCCAUAUACUUCAACUAAAGCGGACACAUUGGGUUUGCGGCGUUAUCGUUUUGUUAGUCAGUGUGUUUAGUUAGGUAUUUACUGUGUGUGUGUAGACGAGAUCAGUAUAGCCAAUGGACACUUUCAAAGACGCCUAGGAAGAACGUAACGAAAUGGUUGGCUGGUUUUCUUUAGGUAACAGCUACGCGGUAAAUGGAGGUAUUUUUUUUGUUUAAAUGCCAUAUAAUGAGUAAUAAUAGAUCAUCUGAAUAUAUUUCUUAGAUAUAGGUCGAUGGUCUGGUGAGUCAAACAAAGAGGGAUGGACAGAACAAAGUAACUCUCUGACCGGAGGCUGCGCGGAAUACGCUUUCUGUAGUGUGGACUUCUGUUAACUGACGCUUAAUGGUGCGCUAGUAGUCAUUUGUUUGGAGGCGCUGCAUCAUCAUGGUGGUUGAGAGGACACUUCUCGCAGCGAGGCAAGGGGAUGUACAAACUCUGAAAGUACAGUUAGCGGAGAAAGUACUCAACAGCGAUGUGAAAGAUGUGCUGGGAGCGACUCCCGUACACCAUGCCGCUCGAGCGGGGAAGCUCACCUGUCUGCGGUAUUUGGUUGAGGAAGCGGGUUUACCGGCGAACAGCCUGGCGAGAAACGGUGCAAGUCCUGCGCAUGACGCCGCGGCCACUGGCAACCUGAGCUGCCUACAGUGGCUCGUGACGCAUGGAGGAUGUCGAGCGGCCGAUAAGGACAGCUCAGGGGCCACUGUUUUGCAUCUGGCUUCUCGCUUCAGCCAUCAUGAGAUCAUUGAUUGGCUGCUGAAAAGUGGGGAAGGGGAUCCUACUGUUGCCACGGAUACGGGGGCAUUGCCUGUUCAUUAUGCUGCAGCUAAAGGGGACUUACCCUCACUCAGGCUGCUACUGGAACACAGCCCACAAGUUGUCAAUUUCCAAACUAAGAAUGGUGCCACACCGCUAUACCUUGCAUGUCAGGAGGGCCACCUGGAAGUCGUCCAGUACCUAGUGAAGGACUGCGGGGCGGAGCCAAGUAUCAGAGCCAAUGAUGGGAUGACACCGUUGCACGCUGCUGCCCAGAUGGGACACAACACUGUCAUUGUCUGGCUGAUGAGUUUCACAGAAAUCAGCCUGUCUGACAGAGACAAUGACGGGGCCACUGCCAUGCACUUUGCCGCCAGCCGUGGCCAUGCCAAGGUUCUCAGCUGGCUGCUCCUACACGGCGGGGAGAUAGUGACAGACAGCUGGGCUGGUACGCCCCUUCACGACGCAGCCGAGAAUGGAGAGCUGGAGUGCUGUCAGAUUCUGGUAGUGAACGGAGUGGAUCUGGGAAUACGGGACCAGGAUGGAUUCUCAGCGGCAGACCUGGCUGAAUACAACGGGCAUCAACAGUGUGCCAAGUACCUCCGCACUGUCGAAAACAUGAGUGUGGAGCAUCGAGUAUUGUCACGGGACCCUUCGACAGAUCUGGAGUAUAAGCAGCCCGACUCAGGCCUCUCCUCUCCCAACGCCACCCUGCCCACCCCAGCCCCCACUGCGGCCCAUUUUGACAUCUGCUCACCCUCCAGCUCGCUGUCCAAUUACGACUCGGCAAACUCCAGCCAAUCCAGUACUGGAGAGAAGAGGAGCGGCACGCCUCCCUCACGGGGAACGACAGGUCAAUCAGGAGGUGAAGAUUCGGCCAUUACAGACAUGCAGGCCUAUAUGGACAUGCUGAACCCUGAUGUAGCAGACGGUUCCCAGAAUGCAAAAGAACAUCCUGCACACCUGCCGCCCCCUCCAACAUUUCCCCCUCCCCCUCCUCCAUCCAACUCCUCCCAUAUACCCCCUCCCCCACCUGCCUACCCCCCACCCAAACCACCUGAGGAGGAAGCGUCUGCCGAAUACCUGAAGGUGAAGAGGAACCUUCGGCGCGUGGACAAUGACGUAGCCAAAAAAGAGCAGCUGAAUCCUGGCGAGAGCCACGAAAGGCUUCGAAGAGUCGACUCUAAUCGAAAGUCUCGUAGCUUCAGCAAGCAGCCCAGCACUGGGGAUUACUACAAAACCCUGGGUAGCGAUACCGCAGACCAGCACCCCAACAGAGCCAUGGCACCCAAUGAGGAGGGUUCUGCACUGUUGGAGGAAGCGGCAGAAACAGCGCCUGCUCCUGAGAACGGGACGGGAAACACAGAGGAUCUACCUCUUCCUCCUCCACCACCUCCUCCACCUGCCAGCACCUUCAUCCCAACUCCUCCUCCUCCUCCUCCUCUUCCAUCAGAGCUGCCUCCUCCUCCUCCACCCACCACCAGCACCGCCACACCGGCCCCUGGCCAGCGCCGCAUGUCUUCCUCCUCCAGCAAAGGGGAUCUCUCCUCUACACAUCUGUCUCCCUCUGUCACCCCUGCUCCAGAAACACUUCGACAGAGGAAGAGCAAUAAAUCCUUCAACAUGAUGUCCCCCACUGGAGAUAAUUCUGAGCUUCUGGCCGAAAUUAAAGCUGGGAAGAGUCUGAAGCCAACACCUCAAAGUAAAGGCUACACAACCGUCUUCUCUAACAGCAGCACAGCGGGGAACAAUGGGGAACGCCCGUCAUCGCCACCAGAGCCUCUGCCAAAACCCCAGCCCAACGACAUCCAAUCUGCAAAACCAGAAUCUCCACCGCCUGCUUGUCCACCCACGCCACCCACUCCACCCGCUCCCACGACCAGCGGCGGGUCGCCCCAGAACCUGUCCACCUCACAGAGCAGCGAGAAGCUCGCAGCUGCCGUCAAUGGAAAUACUCCUGUUGCCCAGAGCAAGUCCAGCGUGGUGGACGUAGAGAGUCUGGUGCCCACACAUGAUGAGCAGGGCCGAGCCAUCCCAGAGUGGAAGAGACAGGUCAUGGUGAGGAAACUUCAAGUGAAGAUGCAGGAGGAGGAAGAGAACAAGAAAAAGGCUGAAGAAGAGGCGGCCCGUCUGGCUUCAUUGCCUGCCUGGAGGAGAGAUAUUAUGAAGAAAAAAAUGGAAGAGGAGAAGAUGGACAGGGAACAAAAAAGAAAAGAAGAGGAACGACAGCGAUUAGAAAAGGAGAACGAGCAGAAGUCAGAAAAGGAGAGACUACGAACGCUAGGCUAUGACGAAACCAAGCUGGCACCGUGGCAGCGGCAGAUUAUUUUAAAGAAAGGCGACAUAGCGAAACAGUAGUAAAUUCCUAGUCAUCCCCAUCCACUCUUGCACAACUCUCUGUAGGACACCGAUCAGAAUCCGCCAGACCCUUUAGACGCAAAGCACGCACGGGUCGCCAGACAGCGUUCUGCUUGAUGACCACUUCAGCAUCACUUCUUCUGAGCCUCAGUGUAUCCUAAAUGUUAUUGAGCUCUGAAGAUGCUUUGUACCAUUAAAGAGUAAGAAAUGAAUGGAACUACUGUUUUACUGUGGUUGGGUCUUAUGUCUAUGAUUAUUUAAUUGUCUUAAAAAUCAGUAAAUUAUUUUGCAGAAAAUCCAGAAAACAUUUUUAGAGUUCCAAUCCUGAUCCAUUAGCUUGUUUUAUGUCACAUUUUAAAUCUCUAGUAAUAUUUUCAAUUAUAAAUAGAAAAUAUAUGUCAAGGAAAUCACAUGUACUCUGCUUGAAAGCUUUUUUAAAUGUACUUCAUGUGGUCACAAUCUGUUAAAUAUGAUAGUCCCGAACAGGUGUUAUGGCACAAUGUAUUCUUACAUGAAGUAAGUGUCACUUUGUGUUAUGGUGCAUCUAUAUUUCUUACAUAGAAAAAUGCAAUUACAAAUUGAAAUUUAAUUUAACAAAAAAUGGAAAUUAUAAACUAUAUAUAUAGAAACAAAUGCAAAAAAAUAAGCAUUUCACCAGUAGUCUCUUUGCACUGUGCAUAUGUAAUGCAAAAACAAUGUUUCACCAGUAGGUGGUGUCAGAAAUCACAACUGACAAUUAGCUAUACAAGUCUUCCCAGACACUGCUGAAGAAAGAGUAAAACCCAUAAUAGGACAAGAGAAGCCAAUGUCUUAAAUCUUCUAUUGCAUCUGAUGGUCUAAUUAAAAAGUCCCUGUCACCCUUUGUGCUAUUUACAUGGGACGUUUACAUGGGCAGGGGAAAUGAUGUUGAUUAAUAUGUCAUGAAAUCAUGACAGUGUAUUCAGCCAUGCUGCGCUCCCCAAGAAUGAAGCUCUUUUCUUUCUCUGCUUGUAGCUUAUUCUUUAUUGUUAAUGUGUUUAGAGUAACUAGACAUCAGAAAAGUGCCGGAUGUAAAACUGUAUGUGUGUGCGUGUGCGGAAGUAUAUGUGUGUGCAUAUUUACACAUGCAUAUGAACGCAAUAUGUCUAUCCUGUGUCAUUCACUGUGCGAUGGGUAGAGUUGAUGUAUUGUGAGUGUUUUUUUUUUUUGUUUGUUUGUUUUUCUGUACAACUGUACAAAAAUGACAUGAGUAACAAGUAUAAGUGAUAAGCAUGGUCCUCCUUGAGUUUGGGAACAUUCUGCUUUUGUUUAUCAGAUGCCAUAAUGAUGCUGAAAACUAAGAUGUGAACGUCAUUGCCAUUAGAACAUUUUCUAUUCAUAAUUACUCCAUUUAGAAAUACUUAUAACCUGGUAUGGCCUACGAUAUCAAUUGUCAGUUACAUGGUUUUCCUGUUUUCAGCCUGGCUUUCAUAGGCAGACUAUUGUAAACUUUCAUUUUCCCAGUGGCAACAGUAAUGUAAUAAAACAUUUAAAUAACA